AUGAAAGAUGAGGUAUAUAGAAAGUAAUUAAUUAAAUAAAAGAAAUAUGAGAUAAGUAAAAGUAGCACCAGAAAAAUUAAGAGAAACAAAGAUUUACAACAAUAUGAAUAAAGAAUGAUAAAAUAUUGA